AUGGACGACCUCGAGCUGAGUUUCGACGAAGUCUUCCUUGGUACCUACCAGGACACGCAGCAAGAUCAUACACCACAGCAGACCACCACCUCCAAGCUGCCAAUAUCCGACUCAACAUCACCAAUGGUUCCCGGAGUGCCCCAUCCAACCACAACCGUCACUCCAGUCCUCACCUCGUCAGUCAACAGGAAAGCUUGGAACUACACCACCACGCUGAGGGAAGCCUUUCCAGAUGCAGAUUUCAAAGACUACACCGAGAGCGACGAUACAACCWGCCUGAUGGAGUGGCUCAACCUCGAGGACUCGGAGUCGCAGGAUGAAGACACCCGGCUGGCGGCGCUGACCCGCGACCUGCUGCCUCUGCAGGAGGAAGACGAGGAUGCGGAGACGUCAGACGCUGUGGAGAUCGAGAGAAAGGAUAGCAAGGAAGGCAUCAAAAAUGAGGGCAAAGAAGAGGGCAAGAGUAUCGGCAACGACAGCAGCCAAGACAGAGACGCCGACAAGCGCGAGGAAAACCUCCGUCCGCCUUCUGACCAGGAGUACUCAGACUAUGAUUCGGAGGAUGAUGAUGAUUACGAUAGCGAUGAAUUCGAUGAGACGCCAUACGGGACCGGUAUUGGAGGCGGUUGGCUGUGA